AUGAGUUCUGCAACCACCUCAAUCAAAUUGGUUCUAUUAGGAGAAGCAGCUGUUGGCAAGUCUUCCCUUGUGAUUAGAUUUGUGUCGAAUGAUUUCCAGGAAAGCAAAGAACCCACUAUUGGCGCAGCAUUUUUAACUCAGAAGUGUACCAUAGGUGAGAGAACCAUCAAAUAUGAGAUUUGGGAUACCGCAGGCCAGGAGAGAUUUGCCUCCUUGGCACCCAUGUACUACAGAAACGCACAGGCAGCCUUGGUGGUGUACGAUAUCACGAAACCAGCUUCUUUCAUCAAGGCAAGACAUUGGGUGAAGGAGUUGCACGAGCAAGCAUCUAAAGACAUCACCAUUGCGUUGGUCGGCAAUAAGUACGACUUGGUUGCCGAUGAGAACGACGAUGAAGAAUCUUUGAGAAAAGUGAGCACUGAAGAAGGAAAGCAGUUGGCAGAAGAGGAAGGGUUGUUGUUUUUCGAAACAUCGGCAAAGACAUCGCAUAAUGUGAACGAUGUGUUUGUAGCUAUUGGAUCCAAGAUCCCAGAGGCCAAGCCAGCAGCACAGGAGGCGGCAAGACCACAGGAAGGUGGCAGGAUUGAUUUGAGCGGCAACGCCGCCCAAAGAAACUCGAGCUCGAGCUGCUGCUAA